CCUCAAUCAAUUGCCUAACCCCAUCAGUCAUAAACUCUAAUUAUAAUAUCAUCAAAACUACUAGCAAAAAUGCGUACAAUAAUUCUUCAUGUCACAGUAAUUCUACUUCUCUUAGCUUCCUUCAACUGUUGGGCGCAUAGGUUUGGUGGCCAAGGAGGCGGGCGGAAGACGACGAUGGGCUCGUCGGAGGCGUCGUCCGCACCUACCGGCACGUCGGAGACUCCCACCGGAGGCAGCGGUGCUGCCCACGGCCCGGGUUGGGACUAUGGUUGGGGGUGGGGCGCCACCCCCACAUCCGGGUGGGGAUACGGAUCGGGCUCGGGUAGGUCUCCUAACGGGUUCGCGAGGGGGUCCGGAUAUGGGUUCGGGUCAGGGUCCGGCUCGGGCUCCGGAUAUGGUUAUGGUUACGGUAGCGGUGGCGCUCGCGGAGGCGGUCACGGAAGUGGCAGCGGCGCGGGCGGAAACGGAGGCGGCAGCGGCAGCGGCAGCGGCGAAGGCCACUUGCCAUCAACUGCCGGCGGCAUAAACAAGCAUGGUUGAACGCGGGAAUUGUAUAAUUGAAGUGUAAGGUUUAAUUAUGUAGUAUGCGUGAUGCCUUUUAUAGGACUUCUUCUGUGCCCUACUAUGUGUUGUGUGUGUGUGGUGUGUGAAUUUGUAGUUGAACUGGAAAGAAACAGUGUGUAUGAAAGGCAGCUUUUGUGUUAUAUAUAUAAAAACGUGAUUGAUAUA